GAGAUAUAUUAGCAGCGUCUCAGAACAAAAGACAAAACUUUUUGGAUUUUGGAACAAGAGCGAAACCUAGACAGGUCUGUGUAAGAUGGAGAUUUGUUCAAAUGGUACAUCCAAACAACCCCUGAGCUAAACAGCCUUUGCUCUCCCCACUUACCCCAAAUAGCCUUUCUCUUCAAUUUCUCGGAAAGUUUUCAAAUUUUGCUCUGCCCUCUUCCAAAACGGAGAAAAGUUUUUGUCUUUGUGGGAAACUUGAGGGAUUCGUGUUUAUCUGUAUAAUGGGGUUCUUCCCAUUUAUGUGAUAAGUAGAUCAAAGCCUUGUUUUAAGAACCUGACUGUGUAUUGCUUCUUCCUUCACCGGCCAUGGCUGCUAAACUAGUGUCGUCCUCCUCGGCUUCUUCUGUGAUUCCGUCCUUAUUCUCACCGUUUCAUCCUCAGAAUUCCUUUCAGUUUCGUUCACAAAAGCAUCAACCUGCUCAUCUCCAUUUUUACCAUCCUCUGCACCUUAGAAGUGAUAAAAUUAGUUCUCUUCACAUUUCCUUCAGAUACCAAAAACCAAGAGAAAUCUCCCGAAAGAGAGCUUCUUUACCUCGUGCUACUUCAGAAGACCAGUUCCAAUACACUGACCAACCACCCGACGAUCCAGAUACAACAAGUCCCCAUACUGUUCCUGAAGCUACACUUUGCGACGGUAGUUCAACUAUCCAAUACAACGGCGGGAAACCGGGUUACGUUUCGUUUUACAAUCCUCGGAAUAAAACAGAGGAUAUUAUUGUCCCUCCUGAACCGAAAAGUACAUGGGGACGCCUUCUCUGGCUCAUUGGUCCUGCUGUCUUAGUUUCUUCUUUCAUUUUACCUCCCAUUUACUUACGGAGAAUAGUCUCAGCUGUUUUUGAAGACUCUUUGCUCACAGACUUCCUCAUAUUGUUCUUCACGGAGGCUCUCUUCUACUGCGGAGUCGCCGCUUUUCUUCUGAUAAUAGACCGAUCAAGAAAGUCAUCAGAAAAAGUUCCCACCAAUAACCAAUUGAAUCCUUCUAAGUUAGGACAGAGAAUCUCCUCUGUUGCAACAUUAGUGCUUAGUCUUAUGAUUCCAAUGGUGACAAUGGGAUUCGUCUGGCCAUGGACUGGACCUGCAGCAUCAGCUACUCUGGCACCAUACCUCGUUGGUAUCGUUGUUCAAUUUGCAUUCGAACAGUAUGCUAGAUACCGCAAUUCUCCAUCAUCGCCUAUCAUCCCCAUCAUCUUUCAGGUAUACAGACUUCAUCAGCUGAACAGAGCGGCUCAACUAGUUACAGCAUUGUCAUUUACAGUUAAAGGAGCAGAGUCCACAGUUAAUAAUCUGGCAAUCAAGAAGUCGCUGGGUACACUUUUGAGUGUGAUACAGGUUUUAGGUGUGAUUUCAAUCUGGUCUAUAUCAAGCUUCCUCAUGUGGUUAUCAUCACCUUCCCAAAACCAGUCUUUAUGAAAACAGCUUUCUUGCUUAAACAGUCAAUGUCAAAUUUUUUUCAGAAAAAUAUAACAGAUCUGUUUCAAGUUCUCAACUGUAAAAUAAAAUUUAUGCUUCCA